UUCAACAAAGUAUGUUCUCACUUUGACGGUGUUUGUUUCCUCAACAACGUUCGAGAAUCAUUGCAGCAUGGGCCUAAAUCAUUGCAGCAUCGUCUUAUAAAGUUGCAAAAAAAGUUAUUGGCAAGUUUUGGGGGUCUUGUGAUUGAUGAUCACAUCAAAGACACUGGAGAUGGGAUGAAUAGGAUCAAGAGAGUAUGUCAUACUAAAAAAGUCCUCAUUGUUCUAGAUGAUCUAGACAAGCAAGAGCAACUCAAAAGGCUGGCCGGAAAAUCUGAUUGGUUUGGUUCAGGUAGUAGGAUCAUCUUCACCACUAGAAACUUAGAGGUCUUGAAGACUCGAGUGGAAUCAUCCAGUGAAGAAGUCCCAAAUCAACCUAAAGGAAUUUUGGCUUAUGAAGUUCAUGGAAUGGAACUUGGUCAUGCACUUCAGUUGUUUUGUAAGCACACAUUCGGAAGAGACUCUCCCCUAGAAGGAUAUGAUCAUCUUGCAAAGGAGAUUGUUUGUAGAGUGGGCAUGCUUCCUUUGGCUAUUGAGGUCAUAGGUUCACAUCUUUACUACCAAGGCUCUGCCCUAGAGCAACAUUGUGAUAAUCAAAAGCUAUGGGAAGAUACGUUGAAGCAAUUAGAUGAUGGUCCUUUUAAGGAUGUCCGAGAUGCAUUAAUGAUAAGUUAUGAAGGACUAGAGAUUAAGCAAAAAGAAGUAUUUUUGGAUAUUGCUUGCUUUUUCACCUACAAGAACCAAGCAUAUCCAGUUAUCAUGUGGGAUGAUUGCAAUUACCAUCCCCACAGUGCAAUUAAUGUCCUCUGCCUACGGUCAUUGAUAAAAAUUGUUGAUAAUGAGUUUUGGAUGCAUGACCAAGUUCGAGAUCUAGGAAGGUACAUUAUCCUUGAAGAAUAUCCUUGCAAAUAUAGUAGGGUGUGGAUUCAUGAGGAUGCUGUAAAUUUACUGGAGAAAAAAGAGAGAAAUGAAGAUGUAAAAGCACUAAGCCUGACUUCAUGUGGCUACAGCUGCGGCUGCAACGUUGUACGCGAAGAAUUAGCUUUCGAUGGCUGCAACCACAAAAUUGUACCUGAAGAAUUAGCUGCUCUGCCGAAUUUAAGGUGCCUUAAAGUUCAAGGCCUUGGGUUUUUGGCAACUUUGAGAAAAUUGUUUCAAAGCUAUCUUGGCUUUCUUGGGAGGUGACGCAUAAUAAAUUUUAUGUGGAGAAUCUUCAUUUUGCUAACUUGGUCGUGCUAGACCUUUCAUAUAGCUACAUCAAAGAUGACUGGGGUGGAUGGAGUCAAUUCCAGCAGAUGACAAAGAAACUAAAAGUAUUGGAUUUAACGGGUUGCAUAUUUUUGACGAGGACACCUGACUUCUCCAAUUUCUUGUCUUUGGAGAUCUUAAUACUUGCUUGGUGUGUCAAGUUGAUCACAAUUGACCGCUCCAUCGGUAAGCUUGAACACCUGAAAACUUUGAAUAUAGUGGGGUGUAGUAAAUCUCUUGGGAAGUUGCACCCAGAAGUUGGUUCUCUACCUUCUUCAACGCAGAUUGUCACGUAUGCUAAUCGUAUCGAACGUUUCGGGAUGGCGGUUCGUUUGCUAAAUUUAAAGCGAAUGGAGCGAAGAUCCACGACGUGGAAGAGAAAAUCCGAGACCGUUUCAUUGUAAUUGAGGAGAGUCUCCAGGAGCUGAUUGAUACGUUUGAUUACACCGCCAAGGGGGCUAGAGCAGCGACGUCAGGAAGAGAAAAUACGAGGGAGGCACCCCCGGAUAGAAUGGCACCCAGAGAUACUUCCAAAGCCUCUUGUGGCUGGAGUGUGGGCGAACCUUACCCGGUUAAGUUUACAUGGGAGUGGGGAAACAAAGGCGCUCCUGGAGGGACUUGACAGCCUGAAUUUUCGGUCAGAUAUCAUAAUAGAAGUGUGCCCUUGAAAUCAGUUUGACUUCCAGAGUCUACUGGAAGGUAAGGAGCCAAAUUCCAUCCAUCUCCCAGGCUAUCGGCGUUCUUUAUGGGAAUUAUCAAAUCUAUAUUUGAUCGUAUAAUGUGACAUUAUUAGACGCAAAUUGUGAUUACACUGUAAGUUACUUCGUAUAGAAUGCUUCUCUUUCGGGGCUAAAUUUUAGAAGAUGGGGAAAAUAUAAUGACAGGAAUAUUUCGCCAAUCACUGUGCAAAUUAUUAUCCAUUUUAGGACCCCAAAAACAACGAAAGUCAUGGACCCCCCCCUUUUUA